UAUUUUAGGUCCAAAUGAAACACAAUUGACUAUGAAAUCUUUACAAAUUGAACAAUCAAAACGUAACCAUUUGUUAUUGACUAUCAAUCAAAGAAAGGAUCAUUUAUAUCCAAUGAAAUUUCAUUAUGAUCAAUUACUUGUUCAAUUAAUGAAAGAAAAUGGUCAUAUUCAAGUGAAUAAUUUAAUUAUUCCUAAAUC